AUGGUAUUGCUUAGUGGAUCUAAAUAUGUUAUAAUAUCACUUAUAUAUCUUGCUAUAUCUCGACUUAUAUCUGAAAUUCAACUAAAUAAUGAAUCUUUAAUUACUGAAAUUGAAGGUAAAUUGGAUAAUGAUGAUGAAAUUAAUCUAUUUGAAACUAUAAAAAAAGUUAUAGAAGAUAAUGAGGAUUUUAUUGAAAUUUCUAAUGAAAAUAGUAAAAAUAAAAAUAACGUGGAUAUUUCUAAGCCUUUAAACUUUCAAAAUAGAAAUUAUAUUAAAGAAAUAAAACAAACAAUAUAUGAGAAUGAAGAAGAGGCUAUAAAAGAAGUAAUUAUAAUAAAAAUUGAAGGCAGUGAAGAUAAUGAUGAAGUAUAUGAAAAAAGAAUAUCAAUUUUAGAUAACAUUUAUGCUAAACCAAAUGAAUUGAGUAAAAACAAAAAUGAAUUAGAUAAUUAUCUAUCUUUAGAAGAGGAAGGGAAGGAUACUGAUCCAUUUGACUGA